UUAUUAAUUUCAUUUGGAUCAUCUGAAAAAUUUCGUUUUGAUAAUUACGCAUUGUAUAAAAUUUUGCCUGAAAAUGGAGAACAAAUAAAAAUUCUUGAAGACAAGAUGAGUGAUUUGAGAUAUGAUUUCUGGAGUGUACCCUCAGCCGCAUUGGACUACGUCAGUGUUAUGUCAAGCCCACAACACAAAAAUGAAUUGGAAGAGUUUUUACAUCACCAUCAAAUAAAAUACAACAUUAAAAUAAACAAUAUUCAAGAGCAUCUAGAUAAAGAAACUGUAAGAACUUACAGAAGCAAUAGUUCAGUCAGCAUGGAAUGGGAUUCUUAUUAUAAACUUGCUGAUAUUAACACUUGGUUAGAUGACUUAGUGGCUACUUAUAAAGGUAUUGCAAGUAUAAUAGUUGGAGGUAGAUCUUACGAAGGAAGGCAAAUAAGAGGUAUAAAGAUAUCCCAUGGAUCGGGUAAAAGAGCAAUUUACGUAGAGGGUACAUUGCAUGGUGUGGAAUGGAUAACUACUACGACGGUGUGUUACAUAAUAAACGAGCUUCUUACAAGUAACGACACGGAUACAAAAGCAGCUGCUCGUGAUUUUGAUUGGUACAUAUUUCCCGUAGCAAAUCCUGAUGGAUAUGUGUUUAGUCAUGAACAGAAUCGUAUGUGGAGAAAAAAUAGACGACCUACAACUGGGGGUCACAUCGGUGUAGAUUUAAACCGAAACUGGAAUAACAAUUGGCUUGUUAUAGGGGCCAGUACAGACCCGGCAAAUAACAGAUACGCAGGAUUAGGACCGUUUUCAGAACCUGAAUCUAGAUCUUUGUCAACAUACAUUAAAUCCAUUGGCGAUAAAAUUGAACUGUUCCUGACUUUUCAUUCUUUUGGCCAACUUCUAAUGGUACCUUUUGGAAAUUCUACAGCACCUUAUGCUAACUAUCAUGAUGCAAUUAACAUCGGAAGACGAGCAAUGGGAGCGCUAUCAGUGAGAUAUGGCACGCAGUAUUUUACUGGAAAUAUCGCCGAGGCCAUAUAUUUGGCUUCGGGUGGUGAAACCGAUUGGGUAAAAGAACGCAUCGGAGUGCCUCUGGUGUAUUGCUAUGAACUGCGUGAUAAGGGAGAUAAAGGGUUCCUCCUCCCCGAAGACCAGAUCCUGCCCAACAACCAGGAAGUUAUGGACUCGGUGGUAGAGUUGAUUCACCAAGCGAAGAGAUUUGGAUAUCUUCGAGACAAAAGAAACAGUGAUUUGAAAUAUGAUUUCUGGAGAGAACCCUCAGCAGCAUUGGAGUAUGUUAGUGUUAUGUCAAGCCCACAACAUAAAAAUGAAUUGGAAGAGUUUUUGAAUCACCAUCAAAUAAAAUAUGAUAUAAAAAUUAACAAUAUUCAAGAGCAUCUAGAUAAAGAAACUGUAAGAACUUACAGAAGCAAUAAUUCAGUCAGCAUGGAAUGGGAUUCUUAUUAUAAACUUGCUGAUAUUUACGCUUGGUUAGACGACUUAGUUGCUACUUAUAAAGGUAUUGCAAGUAUAAUAGUUGGAGGUAGAUCUCACGAAGGAAGACAAAUAAGAGGUAUAAAGAUAUCCCAUGGAUCAGGCAGAAGAGCAAUUUUUGUAGAGGGUACAAUGCAUGCUAGAGAGUGGAUAACAACUACUGCGGUGUGUUAUAUACUUAACGAGCUUCUUACAAGUAAUGAUUCGGAAACAAAAGCAGCUGCUCAUGAUUAUGAUUGGUACAUAUUUCCCGUAACAAAUCCUGAUGGAUAUGUGUGGAGUCACGAACAGAAUCGUAUGUGGAGAAAAAAUAGACGACCUACAACUGGAGGUCACAUUGGCGUAGAUUUAAACCGAAACUGGAAUAGCAAUUGGCUUGUUUCAGGGGCUAGUACAAACCCGGCAUCUGACACGUUCGCAGGGUUAGGACCAUUUUCGGAACCUGAAUCUAGAUCUUUGUCAGCUUACAUCAGUUCCAUUGGCAAUAAAAUUGAGCUGUUCUUGUCUUUUCAUUCUUUUGGUCAACUCCUAUUGGUACCUUUUGGAAAUUCUACAGCACCUUAUGCAAACUAUCACGAUGCAAUUAACAUCGGAAGACGAGCAAUGGGAGCGUUAUCAGUCCGAUAUGGCACGCAAUAUGUUACUGGAAACAUCGCUGAGGCCAUAUACUCGGCUACGGGUGGCGGAAUCGACUGGGUGAAGGAAAAAGUGGGAGUCCCACUGGUGUAUUGCUAUGAACUGCGCGACAAGAAUGAACAUGGGUUCCUCCUCCCCGAAGACCAGAUCCUGCCAAACAACCAGGAAGUUAUGGACUCCGUGGUAGAAAUGAUUCACCAAGCAAAGAGAUUUGGAUACAUGGGAGGAGGUGCGGUUUUUACUGCAGUAUAA